AAUACGGGAGUUUGGAGAGCCUGUAACGUCUGUAAAGUGAGAUUUGUCCUAUUUUGAGGUUAGAAUCGUUUCCACAAUCGACAUAUCGAUUAUUAUUCGCUGGCCUGGUCGGCAACAGCGCUGCCAGGGCGUAGAAAUUCUCGGUAUGUUUCUGACUUGGAAUUUCUUCAUUUUCUCCAUAUUAAACGAAUUAUGAAAACCUGAUCAUUGAUUUCUUUUAAAAUGAAGCAUUAAUAUUAUUGCAAACUAUGGCGCAAUCUAUUUUCGACGCUUUAACAGGUGUAUCACUAGACGUUCCUUCUGUGCAAUGUUUAUUAGAAUCUCCGACUCUAAUAACCGAGGUGGAGCAGUCAGCCAUCGAUCUGGAUGAAGAAGAUAUAUUUCAAUGUGGAAAAUGCAAAAAUCAAUUUACAUCAUUGCACAUGUUUGUAUUGCACAAAAGGACACACCAAAAAACACAAGAGCAAACAGUAGAUUUGAGUCAGUUUUUAGUAAAUGAUGAAAAUCAAACUAUUCAUAUAGAAGACAAUAGCCAACAUGUAUCACAAUAUAAUCCUCAAGAAACAUUUGUUCAAAAUGACCAACUUAAUGAGCCAAUUAUACUCGAAGAAUCAGAUAUGCUAUUUAGCAUGGAUCAAGAGGGUGCUAAUUACUUUUCAACAGAUUCCACAUUUGGUGUUCCAAUUAUCUUAAGUUCAGAAGGUUUAGAUACUUUUGAAACCUCCACUAUUCCAACAGAUACUGAUCACAUUAAAGAUGAUUCAAACCAAGUACCUCAAGUUCUCCAAAGUGAUAUUUCAGGAGAACAUAAUAUUAACAGUUCAGACAAAGUUAUUAUAUCGAUAACUCAAAAUCUAGUUGAAAAUGUAACUGAAUGUACGCAAGAUGAAUUAGACGCUAUUAUUAAUCAAUCGCCACAUUUAAAAUAUAAGUGCGGUUAUUGUAACAAACAAUUUUCCAAAAAAUUUUAUUGGCAACAACACGAACGUUCUCAUACAGGGGAAAAGCCAUAUCAAUGUGUUGUAUGUGGACGUGCAUUCGCACAAAAAUCUAACGUUAAAAAACACAUGUCAUCGCAUAAAGUAUGGCCAGGCACUGCGAUACACUCCUUGCCUCCAGAGGCACCACCGGAUGGAAGCAUAGAUCGUACCUAUCAUUGCCAGUUCUGCAAAGAAAUAUUUGAUUCGUACAAAGCUCUAAAGGGCCACCUUAUAGUAUCUCAUUUAGCACUGAAAGUGUACAAAUGUGUGCAGAGUAGUUGUAGUAUGAUGUUUGCUGAACUUGAAGAUUUCUUGGAGCAUACUCGCAGUCAUAAAAGAUCGGAGUAUCGUUGUCACGUAUGCGGCGAAGUAUUUAACACUUUGUCUGAUCUUGGGCUUCAUCAGUACGCCCACUCCGUCCAAAAGCAAAAGACGACCGAGAAAUAUUACUGCUGCUCUGUUUGUAAAUCCUCCUUUUCUAAUCUGGAGGCUUUACAACAUCACACAGAAACUACAACGCACGAUUACGCAUGUCUACAUUGUGGAAAAAGCUUCUUGAUCGAACGAUUUUUACGGCGCCAUUUGAAAACUCACGCCUCAUCUGCGCGUUUUGCUUGCGAGGAUUGCGGGAAGGCCUUCAAAACUGAGCAAUAUUUAGCGAAUCAUAAGUUAAUACAUAGCGAGGAAACGCCAUUCCUAUGUCCGCAUUGCCCAGCUAGAUUCAAACGAAAAGAUCGUUUGGGUCGUCAUAUGCUGAUUCAUGAUUUAACAAAGAGAUUAAAGUGCCCCUUCAGAAGUUAUUUAGGUUGUAUGAGUGAAUUUUCGCGACCUGAUAAAUUGAAACGUCAUCUUCUGACGCAUAGCAAUAUCAAACGAUUUAGUUGUAGUCACUGUAACCGUAAUUUCCAUCGGGCCCAAGCUCUUAAACAUCAUGAAAUGAAUAAACAUAGUUUAAAAUGCGAAAUUUGUUCACACGCAUUUAAAACUAAAGAACAAUUGCUAACUCAUAACUGCGACCAGUCGAACGAGACUAAGAAGCAUAUGAGCUCACAGUUACCUAAGAAAGCUUCCGGAUCAUUUAAGCCAAGAAGACCUACUCCAAAGAGACAAACAUCGUCAAAGACUACAAUUGGACUUGCCGAUAAGGAGAAAUUAGAGAAGUUUAAGGCUGACGAAAUACAAAGAAAAAUCACCUUGGAUAUAUUAAAGUCCGAUGAAUACAAAGACGAAACUUGUACCAAAAAAAUAGAGAAUAUAUUCGUAUCAAGAGAAAUUGGUUCAACGAUCGAAGCUCUUAUGAAAUCUGACGCAGCGGACAAUGAAAUCAAACGCAACAUUGAUAUAUAUUUGGUACAACAGACAGGCGAAUAGAGUUUUUAAAUAUAUUUUUUAAUUGUAUUUAAAUUAUAAUAUAGUCUAGGCUGUAGAUAAGAUGUCAUACUACGUGCAAUGGGAU